CAAUCACAUGAACACCGCCCAUUCAGAAAACUGAAGCUGAACACAAGGAUGUGGUCGGUUCGCGUUAGCUUCAACUCCCGUUUACCUAUUAAAGUUAAAUUGUUGUACUAAUACAUAGGUAAUGACCCGAUUUAAACACCACAUAGGGAAAUGUAUGCUACGGAUCAGUUUCAAUCGUUGUUUUGCUCCCGUAAUUAGCUAAUAGUGCAAUUUUUGUUUUGGCCUGCGACUCGAAUAUCUUCUAGCUAAACUAGCUUCUGUGUCUUCUGACACCUGAAAGUCUUCUUAAAUGUCACCGGAACAACCAUAGACAUGCCAACUCUGAUUAGCCAACUCGGGGAAAUGAUUUCAUCGUUUUAAAAGAAACCUUGUGUUUUUGCCAAGGAGUAAUAUUUUCGUUAUGAGACUCUCCUCUCAAUAAUAAACAUCUCUCAAAAAUGGAGCUGUACUGGUACAUAGUUGUUAUCAUAUUCAUCGUCAUAAAGAUAUUUUUUUACGUUUGCUGGUACCGAUCAAGACAAAGGCAGCUGGCAGCUUACCUGACCAACACACGCAAUGCUGAGAUAGUGAUUGUUGGAGGAAGGGCCUACCUCCAUCAGAUGUGUGAGAGGCAGAGUCAGACGUCCGUCUGGCCCAGUUGGUAUGGAGUCCAGGACGACCUGUCGAUAGAGGAGCCCUCCACUGCUCUGCCACCCACCGCCUCCUACUCCCACCUGGAGAUGCCCCCUCCGUAUGAGGCAGUCUCUGGAGAUGAUGACCUGAAGCCCCCUCCUUACAGCGAGUGCGCCCGAAGCGACGAGGCCGACAUUCCUCACCCACACCACGACACCCUGCUCAUUUCUGGUGGAGCAAACUCUGUUCGCAUCAUCAAUGAACCCCCUCCCCCUUACACACUGACUCCGCCCACCCCUGUGGCUCAACAGGGCGAACCCGUGAGCCCCGGUGAGGCUGUACCAGAAAGCAGAGCCGCCUAACCAGUCGCUGAUUCCAGUUUGCCUUUUUUCCCCGUCCACUGCCUUCCUACAUCCAAACCUCAGUGAUCCUCUCCAGCCUUAAUCUCAUCACACGAGAACAAACGUUUGUUUUAUUAGUUAUCUGAACCAGUUUGCAGAUGACAUCAGCGAGCCUUUGUGCCUCAGUCUGGACCACAGAAUCCUGCCUCACAGCAAGUUUUCUUCCGGGAGAAACGAGGUUUCUUUUUUUAUAUGAAUAUUAGUUCUUCAACAUACGUCACCCGUUUGAUACAAACUUCCAUUGUAGACAAUCUAAACUGUUUUGUGUACAAAUAAUUUCAGAUUCAAGCAUCCCACUGGGUGUUUGAUUGUUUUACAUCACUGCCUGUUUAGUGUGUUAUGGACGAAACGAGAUCAAAGAGCCCAUUGUGGCUUUGGGUAUCAGCAUGACUGAUGGGAUUUAUUCGUGUUUGAGUUCAACUGAAUUUUAGGGCUAAAAGGGUAAAGAGUGGUGUAAAAAUCUGCUAUCCUUUUAAUUUAUAAGUACUUUAAGAACUAAACCCCGCCCCCAUAAAAUGUACUAUAUUGUCUGUUGUUCUGCCGCAAGGUGGCAGACUUUAGCCAAAUGUUGUUAGUGUGUAGAGCAGCUUUGGGGAAAAGGGUUUUCGACUUCUGGUGUUUGGUAGAAGUUUUUUAGCUUGUGGUUAUGUGAGCGAGAGACGAAACCUGAGCGUGCCUGCGCCCAGCAGAAAGCCAAAUUCUCAUCCUUGACUCCAUCACCGUUGUGCACAUUGGAAAGAUCGUUACUGAAGACCAGGAUAUUCACCACCGUUCUCUGUUUAAACAAGAUCCCAUUUCACCGCAUUCCUCCUCAUCAUCAUCAUUUCAUAUUUCAUUCUCAAGCAAAGAUGGCUGAAAGUGGGACGGAAAACAAAACUUGAACUUCGGAUGAACCAUUUGGUUUUGGAUUUUUGGGAUCAAGCCAAAUCUCACACGCAUUGUCCCUUUUAUGAAAGCCUUUUUUCCUGCAGACUUGAUGUGUUUGAUAUCAUAUUUGUAAUUUUUUUUUAUUUUUAAUUUUUUUUACUGUGAAACUGUCUAAAGUGGGAAAAGGGGUGUUUUGACUCGCUUUCAAAAUGCAUUUGGCCAUUUUAAAGUGUUUGUGUGUAAAUGUUAUUAAUUCCUAUCUUGCUUGUUGUAGAUUGCUUACUGAACCACCUCAUUUUGGAGAAAUGACUUUUGGCUGAAUUGAUAGCUAGUCUGAACCCUGCCGGGGAAAAGCUGCAGUUUAAUACCUGCCCUGAUCACCAGAAUUGCUAUAAAUUUAUCAUUAAAUUAUUAUUUUUGCAGAAGUAUUGAGUAAUCUGUCCAACGUAAGACCUGGACUUGUGCUACAUUUCAGUGUCUAGGGUGGUUUUUGACCCGUGUCUAGAAACACGUGUUCCUAAGUUAAUGUUCACACGAACUACUGUGAAAUGGUCAAGAUCGGUCUUAGCAUCAGUCCCGUAGGAUAUAAACUAUUUCCCCUAUACUGAGGCUGUUCAGUUUGUUUUCUACAAUGAGUGAAAUUUUAUUUAUACGUUUUGCAGAGAAAAAAAAAGUCUCUAAUGCCAUUUUGGUGAGAUUAACUAUAGCUUUACUUGGAAGCUGUUUGAUCGAGUUGCCGUGGCAACUGACCAGCUAAACUGCUUGACCUUUAUUGUUGUUCCUGCUGCUUGCACCUGGUUUCUUGUAAAUUAAUAAGAAAGGAGGCGGUGAAUGCUGAAUGUUUUUCUAAAAAGUGUUUUAAAUUCUUAUUGCGAUGACUUUUAUCACCAAUGCCUUUUAGCCAGGUUCUUGUGCUUGUGCCACAAUCCGAUCGAUGCUCCAGAGAAGCUGCGAGGUACAAAUCUGAACGUGUGACACAUCGAAAGGCUUUCCAUCAAAAACCUGCCAGCAGCAUCAGAACACAAACCCGUGACCAGAGCGUUCCUGUGAAUGAUCCAUGACAUUAGCCGGUUGUGUGAAUGAACUUUGUUUUCAGAAUCUCUGUAUUAAAAGGGUGUAAAUAAAAAGUUUCAUUUUCUUGAGGAA